CUUCUCUUUGGUGACGGUGUCUGCAUCCAGCUUACACACCAGCGUUCCCAGCAGGGCUUUCAGAAGCCUUCUUCAGAAAUCCGAAUCCACACGAAGACGUUAGCAACAAGGAAAAGGUGCAAACUUUCCAGAACAGGCCCAGAUUUUGAAAAUGUGACAAAGAGUUGUUGUCCAACUUUUCACACAAGAAUUGGAGGAGGUUUAACUCGAGGAAUAAUAAACAGAGGAAAGCUGGCUAACGCAGAGCAGAUGGCCCUGCAGGGCUGAGCUAAGCGUUUCAACGUCUUCUCCUUGGACCUCUGGACGCUGGUUUCCUUAGCUAAAAAUAAAGGUGAUGCACUUGGGAAAACCAUAAAUGGGGCUGGUUUGAUUUAUGGGGUGGUUGGUGGACUAAAGUGUUCAAGAAACUAUGACAUGGCAGGCGUUUCAGAUGGGCCACUGAGGCUCAGAAAGUACAAGAUGCUUGCUGAAGGGCACACAGCCAGGAUGAGAGAGGAACAAGGAUUGGUCCUAGGUCUGUCUCAUUACAUGUGCCGUGGUGGGUCUGCAAACUUGGAAUGGCAGGUGAGCAGAACAAAAGGUUGGUGGUCAGAUAAAUUUGAGAAACACUGAUCCAUCCAUCCAUAUAUAUAUAUAGAGAGAGAGAGAGUACCUAGAGAGAGAGAGAGAGCUAGCUCCCUGGUGGCACAAUGGUUAAGUGCUUGCCUGCUAAACGAAAGGUUGGUAGUUCAAACCCACCCAGCAGCUCUGCGGGAGAAGGACCUGGUGAUCUGCUCCCGUAAAGAUUACAGCCUAGAAAACCCUACGGGGCAGUUCUACUCUGUCACCUGAGGUUGCUAUGAGAUCGACUCGAGGGCACCUAACAACAACAACAUAGAGAGAUACCAAGCUUGAUAGAUAGAUACAGAUAUGUAUUUAAAGUGUAUACCUUGAUAAGUUUUGACAUAUGCCUAUACCCGUGAAACCAGCACCACAGUCGAGAUAGUGAACUUAUCACUCUCGACACUUUCUUCAUGACCUUCCGUAACUCCACCCUCCCACACCCCCACCUCUCGUCCCCAGACAACCACCAAUGCGCUUUCUGUCACUAUAAUUUUCUAGAGUUUUAUAUAAAUGGAAUCGGACAGUAUGGACUAUAUUUUGUCUGUCUUCUUACACUCGCCAUAAUUAUUUUGAGAUUCAUGUUAUCGUAUGUUGAUUCCUAUAUUGGUGGAUAGUAAUCCAUUGAAUGGGUAUC